AAAUCAAAAGUGAUCAAAACGAAAACAUAACCUAACAAUAAACGUCAAACGAAUGUGGACAUCAUCUUGAUCAUCAUCAAAUAUGUAAAAACACUGAAUAUUUUGGAAAAACAUCAUGUUUGUCCAAGGGAAAAUUCCUUGUCAGCUUAUUACUUUGUGUAUCUAUGAUAUGAAGACGCCAAAUGCGAAAUUAAAGGUUAGGAUACCCCCAUGAUAAUCGUUGACCAUAAUUUUCGAAAAAAUGUGGGUCAACUUUCACUUAUACCACUUAUACUUGCCUUGGCAUCUGCUUUCAUAAGAAUAGUUUUAUUUCUAAUAUCGUCAUUACAAGACUCGAUUUCCGUUCAGAAUGUCUCUUUCAAAAUUGACCAUGAAUUUGUCUAGAAAUAGGACAGUUCUUUGUAGUAGUGCCAUAGCUCACAACCGUUGGGUUCCCAAGAGAGAAAUUACGUACACUAAUGCUCAAUACGCGAAAAAACCUGACUGGAAUAGGGCUGUCAGUGAGGCAGAAAAGAUUGUAGGAUAUCCAAAUUCAUUCCUGAGUUUGCGCUGGUUACUGAGUGAUGAGAUAGCAAAUGUGGCUUUGCAGUUGCGAAAACUUGUUGGAUCCAAUCAUCCUCUUCUCAAGACAGCAAAGGGCCUUCUGUACAAUGGCAAGAACAACAUGCAGGCGUGGGGCCUCAUCGUUCUUUUGGUUUCGAAGGCUGCAGGUCAUACUGCCGCCGUCCCUGACAUGGAGGAGGACAAGUCCGCCGGCGUGCUGCACAGCCAGAGGGCGUUAGCCGAGGUCACCGAGAUGAUAAGGACGAGCCACUUGGUGCACAAGGGGCUGGUCAACAUGCAGCCGUGCGUCAAGGUUGAGGCGCCAGGAGAUAUGAUAGCCGGGAACAAGAUCGCUCUCUUAUCGGGCGAUUAUCUGCUCAGCAACAGCUGCGUGGAACUGGCGAAUCUCAAGAAUCAGGACCUGGUGGAGCUGAUGAGCUCUGCCGUGAGAGAUCUAGCGGAGGCCGAGUUCGUGGAACCGAGAGACAUACAGAACGCUCCGUUGCCUGCCAGGCCGAGGACCGAUGGAAAAGGGUAUGAGCAAUUUGUGGACUGUACACUGGAACCUCUAGUAGUUAGCGAAGCUCUAGGGAAUGCACGGGCCGAGUGGACACUCCGACACGUCUUGAAUGCAGGUAGUUUGCUGGGCAAAUCCUGCCAAGGCACCUUGAAGCUGGCCGGCCACUCUGAGGAGCUGCAAAGCAAGGGCUACCUCUUCGGCAGACAUCUUGCUCUCGCCUGGCAGGCCUGCUUGGACAGAGAACCGUUCGCGGGGGGCUCAGGGGGGCAAUUCAGUCUUGUCAGCGCCCCCGUUCUCUUCGCUUUGCAGCACGAUCCGGACAUGUACAGUUUGAUCGAAAAAGGUUUGGACAACAUUGAGAAUGUUGAUUACGCCGCUGUCAGACGUCGCGUCUUGGCCGGGCCGGCCCUGGAGAUGACGAAAAAUCUUCAGAGGGACCAUUCCAAGGCCGCCCUCGAAAUGCUCAACGAACUGCCCGAUUCGGACGCUAGAACUGCCCUAGCUAACAUAAUAGCCGCCAUGCAAGAUUGAAACUGUCCUCAACAGAGUAGUGUCAUUGUUAUUGUGUUUGUGAUAGAAUAUGAAGAGGGAAGGAAGGAAACAAAAUAGCGACAUAGGCACCAUUUGCAAAGUUACCAUCACAACUACUAGUAGGUAUAGGUACAGGGUGAUUCACCAUAAUGUCCCCCUCCCUCUAGCUCAGUUGUUUUUGAAGCGAUUUCAAAAUUUGAAAUAUCUCAAAUGAUUUUCGAUAAAAAUCUCGAUUUUGAACACCCUGUAUCUCCGUAAUCAUUCCCGCCAGACCCCAAGUGGGAUGCAUUGAUGAAAUCUGCUCUUCAGUAAGAAUCUGAAAAUACAAUGGAAUACAAAGUGUUCCAUUUGAAAAAAACGAUUAGUACUCUGUAGAUCGUUUGUUCCGAGCACCCUAUAUCUUCUGAUGCAACGGGAACAAAAUUUCUAAAAAAUCCUUUCAGAUCAUUUUUCAAACUUUCAAAUCGGUUCAAAAAUAAGUGAGCUAGAGGGGGAGGGGACAUUUAUGGUGAAUCACCCUGUACACAAAUGAAGCUCGAAAAAUAAUGAUAUUGAAUCUCAUGUCCCCAGUAGGUUUGAAGUAUACCUAUCAUUUUUUGUGGAAGAUAUUUCAUUCACUUUAUUUGUUGAUGUCGAAUAGUAAUUUAUUCAUUUAAAACAUGUAUGCUGAGGAAAAUUUUCUCACUUUAUAUGUGACAAUCGACAUCUUCGAAACCAAUUUCGUGGAACAAACCUUGAACAAAUGCUCCUUCCUUUCCUUUCAUUAUAUUCUGUUAUCUGUGGUAUCCAUACUGUGAAACAAGUGACAAAUGACAUAACCACUGGCAGUGAAUGAUUUUAUGAUUUCUGAGUUAUGAGAAAUAGAUUUCCGUCCUAUACCACUAUCGCUUCCCCUCUUUAUCCUCUUUCUUUCUCUGUCUUUAUCUCUCUCCCUCUGUAUUCACCUCUCUAUGUUUAUCUCUCUCUCUCUCUCUCUCUCUCUCUCUUUGUAUUCACCUCUAUCUGUCUCUCUUCACCUCUCUAUCUGUCUCUCUUUUCAUCUCUCUGUUUCUUUCUUUGUUUCUCCCACCUUUUUUUGUUUUUCCACGACGAAGGUACCUACCAACAAAGACUCACGUUAGUCUUUGUACAGGGUGUUUCAUGAGAAGAUUCACAUAGCCAAAUGGUUAAUAGGGGAAAUCAAAACGAGUUGAUGUACAUAUAUGAAAACAUUUUUUGACCCUCCAUAACGAAGAUACAUGGGAUUAUGUGAAAUUGCUUUAUAACUUUGAUGGUCGAUAUUACAGAAAUGAUUCGUCGUUAUCUGCUGAAAUUUGGCAGCGUCGUAUCUCUAUUGAAACUAUAAGA